AAAAAAAAAAAAAAAAAAAAAGCAGGCUGGAUUUGUUUUUACUUAGAAGAAAUUAAUACUGUAAAACCCCGUACUCACCAAUGUUUUAUCCAGAACGACACUGAUUCACUGCCAAAUAUAUUUUUAAACAGAAUAAGUACAUUUCCCGCCCACCGCUGUGGCGCGCGCUGGAUCGCCCCUCAACUGUCUUCACCCCUCCCCCUCCCCCCAAACGCGGUGCUGUAAACAAGUUGCUGUCACCCUGUAAACUACAUCUCCCAUCAUCCUCCGCGCCGCGAGCUCGCUGUGUCCCUUGUUGGAUUAUUUUUGUCGCUGCCGGAUUCUCGGGCUCUGGUUCGGUUCUGAGCGGGUUUGCGGGACAACGUGAGGAGCUGGAAGCUGGACAGAACCGGGCAGGUGCCGCGAGGAGGUGAAGCUUCGCCCCUCUGCCGCCGCCUCCUCUUCUUCAUCCUCUUCAUCCUGGCACCGUAAAUGUUAUUUAUGAAUGCCUGCCGCUCACGGGCGUGUGCACGCAGGCUCUCCAUCACUACGCUGUUAUAAUUAGAAGACACCGGGCAGAAAUUCUGGCCGAUGUGCGGGUCUGUCCCGCAGCUGCGGUGUCCGCGGUGUGCGGUUGAAGCCGCGCUUCGGUUCUUUGUGGUCGGUUCGGUUCUGUGAGCGGCGGCGGGCGGAGUUCUGCUCUUUGAUAACACUGGGUCAAUACACCGAGCACCGCCGCAACCCGGGGAAGCCUCACCUCAACACCCGACCAGGUGUGUUGCUGGAGUGACAACUAACCGAUGAUGUCCUUGUGAGAGUGGGCGGGGCUACGUGGCCCUGAGGCAGUAAGGAGGAGGAGUCUCAGCCCUUAGCCCCUCCCUAACACUGACCCACGGACACUCAGAGAGCCUCGGUGCCCCUGUCCCUCCUUUCUCCCCCUUCCCUCCCCAUCUUUUCUCCCCCCCAUCCCCACCUGUCCCCUUGUUCUUCCCCCCAUCACCCCCCUCCUCCUCUGCCACCAUGCUGUGGUUGUACUGUUGGUGGAGAGUCUGAGGAAGCAGACUCUGGAAGGCGACGCUGCUCAGCCGAGGGACGUUUCCCUGUCCCUGCUGGACCCGAAAACUCUUGCAGAGUGCUGGCCCCCAGAUGGCUUGAUGCCUGAGAGCAGUUACUGGCAGCUCUGCCCUCCCUCCAAGUCCAGCGUGCAGGGGGGGUUACUGAGCUCUAGUUUCCCCCCUGGCCCGGUGCCCCUGGUGCCCCCAGAUGCUCACCUGCAGGAUGGGGGCGACCCCCUGGACGGGGGUCCCUCUCAGCAGCAGCGGCCCCUGGCGCCCAGCACCUCCGCAUCUGAGCUUUCCGUCCCUGGACUGUCGACCGCCCCGCCAGGGCCCGGACCCCCUCCACCUCCUCCCCCGCCCUCCAAGCGGCACUGCCGCUCGCUGUCGGUGCCCGAGGACCUGUCCCGCUGCCGCUACACGUGGCGGCCCAGCGCCUCACGGGUCUGGACCCCCGUCAGUCGUCAGCAGUGCCAUGGAGGAGCUGUGGGAGGGGCUUCGGGUGCUGGAGUGGCACUGGCAGGAGGGGGUAUAGCGGUAGGGGUGGCGGGGGGAGGAGCCUGUCCUCUCCGUGCCCCCAGCUCCUCUCUGAACUCGUCCCUGCACUCGUCGUCCAGCCCUACCUUCUUCAGCCUGGCGCUGUCCCCGGACUCCCCCCUGCCCUGGAGCUUUCCCUGGGACCCCAGCGAGGCGGCAGCGGGUGGGGGGGCCUGCUGCUGCUUCUUCCCCUCCCCCUCCUCCUGCUCGUCUUCUCCCUCCCCGUUGCAUCCGCCUCCCCCUCCCCAGCGGCGUUUCUCCCUCUCCCCCGUGCUCAUCAGAGACUCAGCCUCCUCCACGUUCCUCCCCCCGCCACCGUUGCCGAGCCAAGCAUCGGCACCCCCACCAGGUGGCGGCGCUGCAGCCACCGCCCCUCCCGGGGGGGCGGUGCCAGCCUCUCCGUCCUCAGCUUGCAGCACCCCCUCCUCUCUGCGGCGCAGCCUCCCCCCCCAGCUGCCCCGCUGCCACUCGCAGCCCUGUGACCUGCUGCUGCUCAAACCGGGUCUGAAGAGACGCCGCGACCCCGACCGGCCCUGCGCCCGGCCCGUGCUCGACUUCGUCAAAAUGACACAGACCCGCAGCAUGGACCCGCAGUGCCUGGAGCGCGCCGGCGGCAGGCUGGCCUGUGGCAGCGACAUUUGCAUGGGCUUGGAGCCGUUCAUGGGCGACUUCCGUGGCUCCUGCUCGCCGGCCGAGUGCCUCGGCAGGACGAGCAUCGGGCCGCUGAGCGAGAGCGACGAGGAGUGUCACGAGGAAGAUGAGGAGGAGGAGGUAGACGAACGGGAGGCGGCGCAGCAGGCCGUGUUUGAGCGGGAUUGUACAGAAUUGGACUUGAACUUAAUAGAAGAAAACUGACUCGUCUGUAAAUGAAAGCUACUUGUUUUUUUUUUUUUUUAACAGUCUUUUUUUUUUUGUUUUGUUUUUUGGAAAAGAUCUGACUCCGCCCCUUUCCCCUAACUCUCCCCUAUCAUUACCUGGCGCCUCCCUGCCCCCAAUCAGCAACACUCUCAGGAACAACACCUUCCCUCAUUGGUCGAGCUGAUUGACGACGGCGAUGAUGCGGCUCUGGCGUCCACAGCUCUCGCUGCCGCCGGUUUCCUCCACUUAAGGGCGGGGAUCGGCGUCCAGACAGGCGUCUUCCAACAGAGUUGCUGUAAUCACCUGACCGGGGAUGACAGGGCGUACGCCGCGGCGGUGCGACCUGAACCACAUCGCCACAUAAUCCUUGGACUCCAGGCGAGUUUGAACUAAAAGGUGAAGCUGGCGGUGAUGCGUUCAGGGUCCUGCUGCUCUGCGGCGCCGCCUGCCUGUCUCCCCUCAGGACACGCUGCCGCUGAUGCUGUCGUCCUCCUGAGUGUUCACUGAAAACAUAACCCACACCGUCUGUGCACGUGCACACGUCGGCUCUGACAUCCCACUAUGUGAUCAUGUGACCGUCCAGACUGAAUCCAGCCAGACGCCCCUCCCCCCAAAAACAGCAAGUUGUCCCCAAUCACAAAAACUUCCAAAACCUUCAUCUUUCUGCUUGCUGGCCAGCAGAUCAUGUGACCUGCAGAGUUCCGGGAAAGCUCUGCCAAAAAAGUUGAUUACCAACCAGAACCACAUAAAAGCUGCUAUUAGUUGCUUAAAUCAGAGCUUAUUUAAAGAAAAGUACCGUUAGGCACACAGAUGAGUCCCACCUCUGAAAUAACAUCAGCUGCAGUGAAUGUGCAGAUAAACAGGGUUACUGUAUUUCAGGGGUUCUUUGAGAGGAGAUUAAUGGAUUUUGUAAAAUGAUGUGGAGGAAAAUCUGCUUUCACGUGAGAAUUUAGUGAUAAAUCCUGUUUAAAGGACGCCAACUCUUCUUCCCCUCCCAGGUGUCUGUGUGUUUUUAGUUAAGCGUGCUGUACCUUUAACAUAGAUGUUUUUCUCAUAGAGCUUGGGGUCAUCAGCAUAGAAACAUUUUAGCAUUACAGAGAACCAAUAGAACUGAGAGAAGAAAAAAUGUUUAACUUGAAGCACAUGCAAAAAUGACCAGAUAAUUACUAGGGGCGUAAUACACCGUGAAGUUGAUUCCUAUUCAUUUGAAUGGAAAGUCUACUCAGAGACAUGCAGCCUUCUUUUCUCAUUGGUUAAGUUUAGUAACCAUGACUACAGUUCUGAAACUUCUAUUUCCAAAGACUACUUUUAAAUUUAAGAUAAAGUUUAACACAAAGGGGCGAGGGGCAAGUCCCAUUAACUGUUAGCUGAGUUUAUUACUGUCUGUUACGGCCCCAAUGGGGAGACCUGGUUCAAGUCUAGGGGGAACACCACAGAUGGGACCAUAACAAAAACUAGACACCAGUAAGAAAAAGUAACAGUUUAUUAAAUAAGGGGAAACAAAGAAAAGGUUUCCUGAAAAGCAAAAGGGAAAAACAAUUAGUGUGCUGGUUAAAAAAACAAACAACAAAAAAACAAACCAAAGGGAAUUGGAAUCUUGGCCAAACAUAAAAUAAGUCAUGGAGACUUCUGACCCAGCCACGUCUACCGUCGGAGUCCGCAGCUCCCUGCUAAUGGAUGCCUAACCAAAACUAUCUAAAGAAAACAAAUAAACAAAGUCUGCAAACUUAGACUACCAAGGUCCUACCCCAAACUAAAAUAACAAAACCCAGCAGUCUAAGACUACUGAGGGCAAAAGAGAACUAAACAGCACCACACUACACACGUCCUCCAUCUUAAAUGGCCAGCAGGUGCCAAUUAAGGAGCAUUGGCCACACCUGCCAGGUGAGUAGAAGAACGAGAUGGAAAAAGGUCCAGCAGUAGCAGCAGGACGUAACACUGUCUAUGCUGAUGAGGUCAUACUCUGCCAAUAUGGCAACCGCCCCAAUUUAACCCUUUAACACCGGGGCUCCAGCGUUUAUGUUCUUUGAUUUGCUGUAAUUUUUCAACCUUUAACACAAUCAUUCCAGUAGAUUCUGAAGCCGCUUUUCUCCUUCAGAAUCUGCUGGAAUUAACGUACGUUAACGAUUUUGUGUUCAAGCGUCACUGAUGACUACUCAAGUGUUAAAGGGUAAAGCUGGGAGGAAAAUCAAAAUAUCAAAAAAAAGAAAAUAACGACAAUAAUUUGUGUAACUUUAAACAUUUUAUUGGGGGCGGGAACCAGAAAAUUUCACCACACAGACGUCUUGAUAGUUUCCUCAUAACACAAAAAAGCUUUCUUCUGAAUUGAGCGUAAACGGAAAGCUUCUUCGGCUCCGAGGUUCUGCACAUCCUUAGAAUCGGAACUGUCUGGUCUGGAUUCAGUCUUGGCUCGAUUGCUCGUGUAAAAACAGCUGUCCGUCCUUCAUUUGCUUUUUUUUAUUCCAAAAAUGAAAGGUCUGAACAUGUUCCACCCAAAAGCCUCUUUUGAGGAUUCCGCCUGCUCUUCAGAUAAACAAGUCGAUGUUUGAUGCUGUUCAGCUGCUUUGACCCGUGAAAGGUCCCUCAGAUGCUGAAAAAACAUCCAAAUUAUGAGAAAAGACAAUCAAGUCACCAUCUUUGAAGGGUAAAUGACCAUCUCAGAGGGAGGCACACAUUCUCUGCAUUUCACCGCGGCUGUUUUACUGUUAGACUUUCACACCUCGGUGGAGACCUGAAACCAGCUGACUGUGUGAGUUCAACCAUUCGGUUCCACAAGACUGAAAAAACAAACCGCCUUAUGUUUGGAUAAACUAAAUCUGGUCACCCAACUUCAAAAAAGUAAGGAAGGUUUCUGAUGGCCUGAAAGCCGGAACCAGUUUACACUUCCUUUGUUUUAACAUCAUCAAUGUCUCAUGAGUUUACAUUCAACAGAACGUUAUUUUGCAGACUGUUUUUGUACGAUUAAAAGCUACCGUUUCAUCAGUG